GCUCUCUCAGUCCUCAUCUUUUCCAGCCUCUGCCAUGCCAAGCACCAGGGCCUUUGUACCUGCUCCAUCUUCGGCCUGAAAUAUUCCUCCCUCCCUGACACCCCGCCCUCAGGUCCCUGCUCAAAGUUCACCUUUUCUGUGGUUUUCCAUGACCACUUCCCAAUCACUCACUCUCUGCCUCCGUGCUUCAUUUUUCUCUAGAGCACCAUUAACAUCUAGCAUAUAAUAUUCUGACUUGUUUAUCUCCUUGCCGACUCUGUCCUUUGCUAGAAGGGAAGUUCCAGGAGGAGGGACUUUGUCUGUUUUCCUCACUGCCAAAUCCCUAGCACCUAAACCAGUGCCUGGAACACAGUAGAUACUCAGUAAGCAUUUGUUGGAUAGAUGGAUGGAUGGACAUAUUGUUAUAUCCUGUUUGUCCGUCUUGCCCACAAAACUCUAAACUCCUUGAAGUCAGGGACUACGUUCUGGUCAUCACUGUAUUCCCAGGGGUGAAGGGUUAAGGAGUCACACCGGGCUGGGCACGUCAAAGUAGAAGAAAUGAAUGAUCAAUCUGGUCUUUUAAAAACUGAGAACAUGGAAGCCCAAGUCCCUAUAGCAGCCACUUCUAAACUGAGUCACAGUUCUCCUCCUAAGAUUCUGCCUGUAGCUGAAUAUGACUCUUCUGGAAUCAUCCAGGCCCCCUGGACACAGCGGGUGGGAGAGCUGACCAUGUCGUAACCUUGGAAAGCCCUGGGAACCCACUGGGGUAUUUGGCUUUUAUUUUAUUAUUUUUUUAUUGGUAUUUGGCUUUUAAAUUAAACUUUAAUACCACUUUGGGCUUAGGGCCCAGAGUUGGAGCCUGAUUCCCUGAGUGCCAGCUCCACCACUUACUUCCUGAGCCUCAGUUUUAUCAUCUGUAAAAUGGGAAUGAGAAUAACAGAAUCUGCACUCAUCAGGUGGCCAUGAGGAUUACAUGCAAGAGGCACUGAAAGUGCUUAGAAUGGGGCCUGUGAAUGCUCAGGAAUUGCUGACUGCUACUAAAAGUUAAGUACUGAGCAGGAGGAGAAAAGAUUCAGUUCCUUUCAAGCUUCCCUUAGGUGGAUUCCAGCUAAUUGGAGCUUGGCCGGAUGUGGUUUCAGGUUAUUAUGCCUCAUUUAGGUUUCUGGGCACCUGGACUGUUGGCAUGAUUUUCCCAGGUGACAUUGAGCAUUAUCUAAAGAACAAAACUCCUUUCAAGGUCAGAAAAACCUAGAGGGCCACUGGUGUAGCCUGAGGGAGGCAAAACCACCAGCCUAGGUGUAUUCAGCUAUCCCCAGCUUCCUGGCUGGAAUUACACCCCUCGGGAGGCUACCAGCCCAAAGGAGAGGCUGAUUUGAGUAUAGAAGGGGAAAAAACAACGAAAACCAUCCUCUCUCACUCAAGGGAGCACAUCUCACUUGCUGGCAAGCAGCCAGGUUGUUUUUCUAAUCCCGGAGUAAAAAGCCCAUGCAACUUGACCCUGACCUACCUUCUCAGGCUUAUCUCUGCCCCUCUCCCUGCAACACACUUGCAUUUUAUUCCCCAGAACUUUCACAACAACUCCCACUCCCAUUUUCCAGAGUGUGGUAAAUGGUGAGUAUUCCCAUUUUCUUAGUUCACACAGCUGGGAAGGGGACUAUUUGGGCCUCUCUGCCUCUUUCCACCACAUCUCUCUGCUUGGUGAUUCAACCCAAUACUCUCUGCCCCCAGAGAUUUAUAAUCUUCUUGUACAUAUGGAGAAACUGAGGCCCAGGGCAAUGGGGAACUUGUACCAGGUCCCACAGCUGGUAAAUAAAUAGUACAGGGCUGGUUGGCCUCCAAACCAAGAAUUCUUGCCACAUUUAAAGUGCUGCCAGGCUUAGAUUGAUAAAGUGAAACCCAAGGUAUAUAACCCAGUGGUCUGGGAAGUCUGAGUAGAUGCUCUUGGCAUAGUUGGCAGGUAGCUGCUUUUGACCCCGGGAGUCUUUGGGCAGGCUUACCCCUCCAGGCCUCCCUUCCAGCCAUCAAUGACAGGCUUGCUGUUAUCAAACUGCCUUCUAAGCUCAGACAUGUCAUUGGUGGACUGAAUAUUUAUAUCCUCCCCAAAAUUUAUGUGAUGAAAUCCUAACUCCUCCCCAAAAUUUAUGUGAUGAAAUCCUAACCCCUAAGGUUGCCCUUGGGCUCUGCCUAUAGGAACCCGGACCAGGACGGGUGGAAUAGGUAUACUCAUGACAACACAAACCCUAAAAACAUUAUGCUUAAUGCCAGAAGUAGAAACCAAAGGUAAAACCUGAAGUCAUACCAUUUACAUACGUGAGAAGUGCACAUGUAUUAUACAACACCAAUUUUGCAAAAAUACCCCCAAACGCACAUAAAAGAAUUAACAGUGGUACUGGGCUGUGUGUGGUAGCUCACACCUGUAAUCCUAGCACUCUGGGAGGCCAAAGCAGAUGGAUGGCUUGAGUUUAGGAGUUGGAGACCAACCUGAGUAAGAUCAAAACCUCAUCUCUACUAAAAAUAGGAAAAAAAAACAAAACUAGCUAGGUGUAGUGGCACAUGCCUGUGGUCCCAGUUCCUAGGGAGGCUGAGGCAAGAGGAUUGGUCAAGCCCAAGAGUUUCAGGUUGCUGUGAGCUGUGAUGCCACAGCACUCUACCCAGGACAACAGAGUUAGACUCCAUCUCAAAAAUAAAGAAAAGUCUUAUUGAUUAAGAGGCAUUAGCUGUUGGACAGGGUGGCUGCUAGAAACAGCAUUAUGUGUGAAUUUUAAAAAGGCAUGCUCCCCCCAACCCCAGUAGAAGCAGCCCUUUUGGGUAGAGAAGGCUUGAUGGGCAGAAAGAAUGAAUGAAUGAAUGAAUGAAACAUGAGAGGUGCCUUGUUGGACCAGUGAUGAUGAUUUACCAUGCAGAAGGUGGAGAUCUGUUCAAAGGUCAACAAUACUCCCUAAUGGUGAGCAGCGUGUGGGCAGCUCUGGGGCUGUCCCUUACCUGCAUCUCAGCCCUCAGCCUCAUCUCCCCUGCGUGGUUCCAGACACACACCUUCUCCUUUGGUGUCCUCACCUACUGCUCUUCGCCUCAAGGUGACAGCUGGAACCAGAGCUGUGUGACCUUCAGGUCCCUCAAGGAUAUUCCUGACUUUGCUUGGAAGGUCUCAGCCGUGAUGCUUCUCGGAGGCUGGCUGCUAUUGGUCUUCAAUGCAAUUCUCCUCCUGUCCUGGGCCCUGGCCCCCAAAGGGCUGUGCCCAAGCAGGGUCAGUGGCCCAAUGCCAGGGGUGCAGGCAGUGGCAGCCACUGCCACCAUUGCGGGCCUGCUGGUUUUCCCAAUCAGCCUGGCUUCCCCAUUCGCCAAAGCAGUCUGUGAAGGCUCCUCUGUGUACCAUGGUGGAAGGUGCCAACCAGGCUGGGGCUAUGUGAUUGCCAUUUUCAAUGCAGUCCUGGCCAGCCUCCUGCCUGUGAUCAGCUGGCCUCGUGUGACCAUGACCAGCAUCCAGGGGAUGACCAUCUUCUCCAGCGACACAGAGAGAAUCAUCCUUAUGCCGGAGAUGAACAAAUAA